AUGGAGAGAGAAGAGGAUGUGAGAAUGCCAUUGAUGGGAGGGCUGAAAAUGGAGAAGCUAAAAGGGUUCACUGAUCAUGGGUUAAACUCAGUGAGUCACAUGAGAGAUUACUUCUUCCAGAACUUGCCAGAUAAGGUGAAAUCUGGUGUUGAUCCUGAACAUCUUGUCAACAUUGACCUCUCUGGAGCAAAGGGAUUGAUUCAAG